GUGACGCAAGUGGCCUCCCCAUCGCUCCGAAGAAAACGUCUACCCUACGAAGUGCACUAGAUUGAAGAAGUCUUCUAACUCGACUUGAAAUGGCGUUCUUAGAUCACGUGUACACGAGUACGCCAUGUGAUACAGUAAACCCCGUGGAGCCGGUUUAUAAUUGGAGCCUAAAGGAAGCAGAAGAGCUUGUGAAGCUAAGGAUGUCAAAUAGUUAUCUCUUCUCCGGAAAGAGAAAUACAGCCGCGAGGGCAUGGAUGGCCAUCCUCAGACAUAUGGGCUUGCAACACAAACUGAACCACCGUCAGGCCAAGAAAAAAUGGGAAAACCUAAAACAACGAUACAAGGAUCUUAAGGACAAAAGUCAUUGUUAUAUGUGGCCUCUCUUCACUGUGAUGGAUGACGCCAUGGAAGGCAGACUAGAAGGAAGCGCUCCCAUUGUAGGAAUCUGCACCGAUGACAAGUUGUGUAUCUCAUCCAGAGGUAAAAAGAGAAAGAGAACCCCGCCUAGCAUCUAUCCGGUGAAAGUAACAAACGUAGUCCCGGAAAUUGAGGUGAUUUUGAACGGAGAGAAUAAAUCAGAAGAGGAGGAGGAUGGUGGUGAUGAGGAUGUGAUGGAAGGCAGCCAGGAGUUUAUGCUGCUAGACGAAGCCACAGAGAGGGAAAAACAAUCCAUGGAGCUCGAGCGCAUGGCCCUGCAACGGGACAGGGCAUUGCUGGAGCGGGAGAUAGCCAUCGUCGAGCGGGACAGAGCCCUGAUGGAGCGGGAAAGGCUGCUUUUAGAGCGGGAAAAAGAAAUUGUGGCCAAGGACCGAGAUGCCAUCAACAGAGAGCGGCUGGUUUUGGAGAGACAGAAAGCCGCAUUGGAACCUUCUGCUGAACAGGAGACAACCACAGACUCAAAGAACAGGACAGAACGUUUCCUGGACUUGUUUGAAAAACUCAUUGAUAGUUUUUGAUAGGGAAUAAACCUUGAACUUUCUUGUUGAAUUAGAUGUGGGAACAACUUUUUUGAAACAAUCAAAAACAUUGAAAAAAAAGCUUUUUGUUUUGGAAGAGGUCAUCAAAACAACUUUAUUCACUCAUGUGGUUAUUCCAUACAGAGCACAUAAUACCGAGCUGUUAGCAUUGAAGCUAACAGUUAGUUAGCUGUUAGCUAAUCCACAACCCUCCUCCCAAAUCAUGAGCAAAAGUCUUUAGAAUAAGCUGUUGUGCAUAGUCACUACCCCCCCCACCCCCCUUCCCCGGAAAGUCUUCGCUGCAUAUAUUUUUAUAUUACAAUACAGACUUUACAACAAA